ACUAAGAACAUCUACUGACCGCAGUCAACUUAAAUGUAGUGCCUAUUAUAGCUGUCGGACAGUCAGAAUAUAAUAGAAACGUAGCCGGUGUUUCUAAGUUUUUUGAUUUUAGUUUUAUUUAACAGCAAUGCUGCAUUUGAAAUUUUGUGGAAUCGUUUAUGUUAAUGAAUGGUUUUAAAAAUCUACACGAUUCCGUAAAUUUUGCCGUAAAAGUGAAUUUUAAAACAUUGAAUAAAAAUGCCGGAAUUCCUUGUUAUACCUAACAAGUACGAAGAGACCAGGUUGUUCAAAGAUUAUAAUAUGAAUAAGGAACAGAUAAAAGUUGAUGUUUCCAAUAUCAGAAAAUGGAUUAUAUCACAACCUCAUUUACCUGAGUUUCCUGAGUCUAAAAAUGAUGAGAUAAAUUUUUGGAUUGAAGGAUUUCUACGGUUGACGAAAAAUAACGCGGAAAAGACAAAAUUAGCAGUAGAUAACCAUUUUCGCUUGAAGACAUUGUUUCCGCAGGUUUAUAGUAUCAAUGAUCUACAAGAUUACGUAGAAAGUGACAUUUAUAAGUAUCUGACAAUGGUAAUGUUACCCAAACACACACCUGACGGUCUGAAAGUUAUGUACUUCGGCUUUGACUCGCAAAACACCCAUUUGUUCCGGCCGAUUGAGAUUUACAAGCGAAUGCGAUUGAUGUUGGAUAUUUACCAGAGGAAAGGUAUCGAUUUCUCUGGUAUCCAUGUUGUGAUCGAUGCCAAGAACAUAACGUUGACACAUAUAAGUCAGUUUGACUUGUUUCAGUUGAAGAAUCUCAUUAAACAUGCACAGAAAGCAUAUCCUCUACGUUUGAAACAUACUCAUAUUAUGUUUCCGCCGAGUUUUAUCGAUUUAGCUAAAAAUAUUAUGAAGCCGUUCGUAUCGAAAAAAAUGUUUACCAGGUUAACUUUCCACAAGAACCUCGAAUCCCUCUGGGAACACAUACCUAGAGAUGUCCUUCCUGAAGAAUAUGGAGGAUAUAAUGGAAAUUUAGAUAUGGUCAGAGCGGAAUGGAAAAUGUUGAUAUUGGAGAACCAAGAAUGGUUUUUGUCAAAUGUAAACUAUAAAUCUGAUGAGUUGAAACGACUGAAAAAUAAGAAAAAAUCUAUUGCCUAUGAAAAAUCAUUUUUUAAAAAUUUGAAUUUUGACUGAACGAUUUUAAGAAUUAUACUGUACAACCAACAUUAUUUUAAGGACCUUCUUUAUAAUAUAUGAUACUUUGUUAUUAUUGUACAUUAUUAUAUGUGAACAAGUUUAUCUUA